CCCAUCUGUCGCCAUGGCCUGCUCGUAGCGGCCGUCUCGAGUGAAAAGGGACUGGCGUCCGCGCUGGGCGGCGACGGUCGUGUUCUAAUUAAUGUCUUGUUUAUAAUUAACCAUAAUUCUACGCCGCCAAUAUGGUGUCCUUCUUUGGUAUCAAGUUUGGAGACAAGAAGAAGAAACCCGAUGCGAAGGCGGUCAUUCCCCGAGGAAAACAGCCGCAACAAUGGACAAAGGUCGACCAGAACUUGCUAGGUGAGGGCCAGUACUUCGGGCACAACGUCAACAACAGGGGCGUCCUGAACGGCAGCAUUCGUUCCGUCUCACGAACAGGCACGCCCAGUCCGAAUCCCUAUGCCCACAUGGCUGCAGCGAGCAUGUACGACCUCACCAAAGGCGCCCACGGGCGCAAUGGCAGCUUUUCCAGCGCCAUCAACCUCAAGCCCCAUGCUUCCGAUGCGAACCUGCGCGUUAAAUUUAACGCCAACAAUGGCUCCUCUCACAGUCUUGCCGCCCCCAUGUCCGGCUAUGGAUCGCGGCCAGCGGCAGGACCGCGUCCCAGCACUUCAAGUGGCCCAACCAAGGCAUGGGUGAACCCACUCGACAUUCACUUCAUGAAGGCCGCGCCGAGCGGCACGCCAGCGCCAAAGUCGCCUCUUGCUCCUCGCGAGACCGACAAGACAAUACCCACAUCUCAAGGUGCAGAUGCAGCCGACAAGAAGGAACAGAAGGAAAACGAAGCCGGGGAGGAAGACGCAGAGCUAGAACAACUGAAGAAGACGGCACGGCUGGGGCUGGAGCGGUUGGUGAGGCAGCAGUCUAAUGAGAUGACACAAGCGAGCAACUCCACGCCACAACCUAGGGAGCCGUCGAUGGAGCAAUCUAGGGGGCCAGCGAGAAAACAAUCCGACGAGCAAUUCCGGGAUCAAACCAAGGAGCAGGGUUAUUCCCAACAGGCGUCAGCAAACAACUUGCCUGCCGUGCUGGGGCCUGCGUUUAGGGGAAACACCGACCAACGGCCUGGCAGUCGCAACGGGCCACCAACAAACGGACCCGACGGCGUAAACGGUCAAGCACCCAGGCCGGCGCCAUCUCUCCUCGUCCAUGGCCCUCCUCGGCACGGCCCACCUACGCAAAGCCUUCCCCACCUCCCAAACCAAGCCGCCCAAAAGAGUCUUCACCAAGGAACGCCACAGGGUCUUCCCCCGGGGUUUCCUCCUGGCCCUCCCGGUUCCUCUAAGGAGGCCCCUCGUGGGCAGGGUCCUCGUCUGGCUGGGCCGACACCAAGUGAAAUGGGGCCGGGUGGUCUUAGCCUUUACAGACCGAUCACUCACAUUCAACCUCAGACUGCCGGGCCCGCCAAUCCACACGGUUCAGGGCUUCAGAACAAUCGCCCCUACAGCCCCAAGCCCCAAGCCCCCCCUGCUGCUCGUGCUCCCGGCUUGGUCGAGCAAGGAUUGCAAAAAUCGGCCUCGACUGGCUCCGGCCCUGGCCCCAAUACCAACGGAUAUGGCUCCCUAGUAUUGAGCCGGGGCCCUGGCUCGCAGACCCUCGGCGUCAGUAUGCUGAACGAGCCCAGCCCGGAAACUAGCCCGAUGCUUUACUCGUCCUCAUUCAAACCCGGCUCUAGACCCUCGUUCGACGAUAUGCCGAUUGAGCAAUUUGCAAGACCCAUCAUCCGGGAUGUCCAAGCCAAGCGCGACACUCUGACAUCGUAUUCACCACGGAGGCUUUCAAUGAAGAUUGAGAAGCUGGAGAAGUCGCUCCUCACCGCGCAGCAAACCAGCCACCUGAAAACCUUCAGCACCAGUAGCAGCCAAUACACGGAUGAUCUGGUUAGUGACGAUGAUGAGGACGACGACGACCCCAUUCUCACCCAGCCAGAGCCCUUACACCUCUCUCCGCCUCUUGCAAUUGCAGAAUUUUCCCGGCCCAAAAGUCCAAUCCGCGUCGGCUUGCCCUUGCGCGGGCCUGGUCCCCGUCGCCCUACGCUAGACGAAUACGGCGUGUCCAGCAACCUUGUAGCUACGGCACCGGCAGUUGUCACGACUCCGUCAGCGGCAUCCGGAGCUGUGCGCCAUGGAGCCGCUCCGGGGCUGACUAUUGAAAACAGUGGCAAUAACGGUUCUCAUCCCGGGCUCUCUGAUAACAAUAGCAAUAUCAUGGACCGCCUUGGCGCCAGUUCCCCGCCAUCUCGCGCGACUACGCCUCAACUCCACCAUCACAACAAGAACUGGACCCGAGACCCGAGCCCUGCGCCGGUCCUGCAUCUCAAUACUACUAGCCCUACUACCCGCAAUGCGUUAUCCCCUGCGGUCCCAAGUCCUAUCGAAAGCGCCGCUUUCGACUUCAACUUUGACUUUGGCCCCAACGCGGCCCCUCCCACGCCCGACUCGACCACCUGGCCGCUUGGCUCCACAUCGCUCUCGUCCUCUCCAGACCCAGCUGCCACCCCUACCUUUUCCUCACUAGAGUCGGCACGACCCCCCCGGCUUGACCGCUCCCAUGUUCCCCCACCUCUUCAUUUAAAGUUCCCCGCGCCCGGCAACGGGAGUGGCGGUAAUAGUGGGUUCCGACGCGACGCCGGGCCGUGGACGCCGCCGCUUGCGCGCUCCGACUCGGGAAUCGGACACGACAACGCGAGGCCGUCAACGGCGAUGGGCGGGUCCACCUUCUCCAGCAAUUCUGGCAAGAAUGAUGCUCCUGCGGCAGCAGCCGGGCAGGCAGAUGCAGACCAGGCUAUGGCCGAGGCGCUGGGCAUUGGUGUCGCGCGCGGUCUGAGCGUGCGCAACCCGCCCCAAAAACAACGGAAGGCGACUUAUAUGCCGCCCUUGUCUCCCCUACCGGCAGAGGUAGCCGGACCAGCACCCGUAGGGGUGGAUGCUUUCGGGACGGGAUUUAUUUAGCCGGCAAAAGUCAAGCCGAAUGAUCUAGAUCUUGGCUUUGGGGUUGGGCGGAAUGGGAGACUUUGGGGCGUACAUUAUCUCUGCGGGUGGUCGGAGGGGGUUGUUUUUUGGAUUUGUUUUCUGGCUGGUUGUAUGAACCUAAUGUGAUCUA